AUGACAGCUGGGAAAAUGACGGCUGUACGAGGUAUACAAGAAAUGGACAACCCAGAACGCCUUCGCUACUUCCGGGCAAUCGAUCAACUUCGCGGUUUCGGCAUCAAUGAAGAUCUACCUCUUCCACAGGCAAGCUCUCUCAUUGUUGUGGUUGGGGAUCAGUCCAGUGGCAAGUCGUCACUGCUUGAAGGUCUCACCGGUCUUUCGUUCCCAAUUGCCUCGGACCUCUGCACGCGGUUUGCGACGCAAAUUGUCCUGCAGCGAACUCCUGGAGAAAAAGCCUCGGUCAAAGCUUCCAUUGUGCCUGGUCCUUCCAGUCGGGACGAUGAAGACCAAAAGAGACGAUUGUUGGAGUUCGGUAUGCGCAUGGAUGCUGAUGAGCUUACCGGAUCCGAAUUUGCUUGGGUUCUACAAAAGGCCGCUGAAUACAUGGGAUUGCCAAGUCCGGGCGAGAAGGACAUUGAAAACCUGGAGAAGCGCUUCUCCGACGACAUUCUGCGUAUCGAAAUCUCCGGGCCGGAGCAACAUCAUUUGAGCGUAGUCGAUGUGCCGGGGCUUUUUCACAACCCUACCAAGUAUCAGACUCAUGAAGACUUGUCCAUUAUUCGAAGACUUAUCGAGGACUAUACGACGGAUGCAAGGACUAUCAUAUUGGCAGUAAUGGAUGCACGAAACAACUUGGCCAAUCAAGAGGUCUUCAAGAUGGCUCGCGCAGCCGAUCCCGCUGGUAUUCGUACAGUUGGCAUCAUCACCAAGUGCGAUGCACUACAAUCUGGAGAUGAACAGGGGGUCCUCAACAUCGCCCAGAAUAGCGUGGAGCGACUCCAACAUGGGUGGUUUGUUGUGCGGAACAGGUCGACUAGAGAGAUCCAAGACGGCGUGACAAUCUCUCAACGUCAUGAAAACGAGAAGCGGUUCUUUCAACAAGCUCCUUGGAACCAGCUGCCAAAAGACCGAGUGGGUGUAAACGCCCUGAAGCCUUUUCUCGGUCAACUGUUAUAUGAACACAUUCGCCGCGAAUUCCCUGCUCUUGUCAAGGAAAUCGAAGACUAUCACAAAGAAACAGAGCGGAAACUGGCAGAGCUUGGAGCCUCGCGCCAGACCGCAGCACAACAGCGCCAAUACCUGACGCGCCUGGCGAAUCGGUACCAACGCAAUGUUGAAGAUGCUCUCAGGGGAAACUACGCUGCAGAUCUUGAUGCGAAGAGCCCAUUGAAGCUACGAAUGCAUCUCCGCGACCUGGCUGAUCAAUUCGAGAAAGACCUUCGGUUGAAGGGACACACGGCCCCCUUCCAGCUUCCUGAUGGAUCGGUCGAUAAAGACUACCUUAUUGAGGAUGUUGGGCCAGAAAUUGAAGACAUCAGGCAAUGGAUUUCUGAAAGGUACAAAGACGCUCGCGGUGCAGAACUUCCCGGCAUGGUCAAUCCGACACUUCUAAUCAACUUGUUCCGAGAGCAAACGGUUCAAUGGGAACAGAUAGCUGGCGAUUAUCUCGACCAAGUAAUCAAACUCGUUACUGAGUAUGCUAAAUUGGAGUCUCGCCGAUCGGAGGAAGACGAAACAAUCCGCGCGUCUCUCGACUCCAUUAUACUUGACCGCAUUGAUACCACAAAAGCCUCGGCCAAGCAGCACCUCAUGGAUCUAUUGAAUGAUGAGCGAGGCGGUAUCUUACAGACCGUGAACCAUUAUUUUGCUGAAACGCUUGCCAAAAUCCGCCAAGAGCGCGUCAUCGCUCGUCUGCGAGCUCUUGGCAUUCAAGAUGGCUCUACCUAUACUGUCAAUUUGGAAGGGCUUGCUAGUACUAUACACCUGAGUAACGAGGACCAAGCCGUCAAUGACAUUCACGAUGCCUUGAAAGCUUACUACAAGGUAGCUAUCAAGAGGUUUGAGGAUUACAUGGUGGUCUCGGUGGUUGAGAGAUUACUGGGUGACCAAGGAGCCCUCAAGUUCUUUUCAUCGGAAUACGUGGGAGGUCUAUCUGAUCUACAGCUGGCCGAGAUGGCUGCUGAGAACUACAAGACUUCGACUAAAAGGGUAGAGCUUGAGCACCGGUGCCAGAGGUACCGUGACGCUCUUCAAGUGGCCAAGAGCGUGUAG